GCACAGGACUCACCUGCCGCUCGAGAGGCAUGCAGCGGGUGCUCGGCGCGUGGCGCAAGUCGCGCGUAGCAAGCUCCAAGGAGGGCCAUGAGGAGCUGCAGGAAGUGCUGGGGCAGCUGCGCAAGCUCGGCCAACGCGCCACGCUGGAGCAGUUCAAGGAGUCGCCGCUGGUGGGCAAGCUUAGCUCGCCCAUACAGUUCCACGGGCUGGGAAACAUGAUCUACAACAACGCUGGCGACAACGGCGAGGAGGUGAAGAAGGCGCUGCACGUGUGGAAGAUCGCAAUGGAGAAGGGAAGCGAGAAGGCCAAGUUCAGCUACGCCUUGUGCAUGAAGAAGGGCAUCGGCUUUCCCAAGAAGGAUGCGGCUAGCGCUACCAAGUACUUCAAGGAGUUGGCUGCUGCUGGCCACGGAUGGGGUGCGUUUGCGUAUGCGGACGCCCUCAGCAACGGGGAUGGCACGCGCAAGAACGAGAAGAAGGCGUUCGAGCUGUUUAAGAAGUGCGCGGAGAGUGGCAUCCCUCCAGCAUACAUGAACGUCUCCAACAUGUACAUGUCUGGAACGGGGACAGACAAGAACGAGCUGGAGGCCUUGACGUGGCUGAUUAAGGCAGCGGACGCAGGCGACCCGACUGCUAAAUCUCGUUUGGGCGAGUACUACUCGCUUGGCAAGGGAGGCGUGCAGAAGAAUCAGGCUCGCGCAGUCCAGUACUACAAGGAUGCCGCCACCACAGGAAUCGUCACUGCGCAGUUCAACCUGGGCUACCUCUUCCUCACCGGCGACGGCGUGCCGAAGGACCCACUGCAGGCCGAGGCUCUAUUCCGCAAGGCUGCCGAGAAGGGUUUUGUGAUGGCGAUGGUGAACCUCGCGCAGAUGUAUCGUACAGGUUACGGCAAAGUGCCCAAGGACCUGGAGACGGCACGCAAGUGGCUAGAACUCGCAGCCCCGCACGACCCGAACGCCAAGGAGCUGCUGAAGGUCGUGACGGAGGAUAUCGCCGCUGCUGAUAAUUGAUGCAGUUGUUUGAGUUUU